AUUUUCUAACACCUCUCUUCACCCGUCUUGUCCACUCAAUGUCUCUAGUGCUUAUCCCUAUUCAUGGCCAUAGGAGCCAUGGCCGUCCCCACCACCACAAUCACCACUUUUCUUUCAAUCAAACCCUUAAAAAGUCUGAAAUCAUCAUCUCCAUAAACCCGAUCACCACUCUUCCUUUUUCCCCUCGAAAACUUCAGUCUCACCAAAAUAAUUUAACAAAGAGUAGAAAAAAGUUGUAAUUGAAGUGCGCACCUGCAUUACUUUUGAGGAAUGAAAUUUCCCUUUGUAUCCUCUCAAAACAAUCUCUCUGUUGAUAACAUCGGUGGUAAUCGCUACGAACCCAAAUCAGUUCUUGAUAUUCGCCGGAGUCCGCCAAGUCCGUUAACCGGUAAUUCUUCGGACUUCAAUUCCAUUGGUUAUUACAAUACUGUGUUGUUAUCUUCGGAGGAACAGCUGCCGGUGGACAAUUUUGAAAAUGGAAUGAUUAAUCAUCGUGAAGAAUGGGAUUCUGAUUCUCUCAUGAGAGAAUUAGGGCUUUAUGAUGAUUCCACAAAAUCCGCUUACCCUCUUGAUCUUCCUGAGCUCCCGCCUUUUUUUCAGUCGGAUUUCGAAAGCCUUAAUCCGAAUUCGAACCAGAACCCCUUUGAUUUGAUGAGCCAGCGUGAUGAUGGAAGCGAGUUCGAUUUCAGGGACGAGUUAAUCCGGUUAGCUGAUUGCUUUGAAACUCAGUCUUUCCAGUUGGCGCAAGUGAUACUGGCGCGGCUCAAUCAACUGUUGCGUUCACCCACCGGAAAAGCGUUUCAGAGAGCUGCGUUUUACUUCAAAGAAGCGAUUCAGUGUCUACUCACCGGAUCGACUCGGAGCUUUCAGACAUGUAACUCGUAUGAAAUUGUACAAGUGAUUAAAGCGUACAAGACGUUCUCGAUCGUCUCGCCGAUUCCGAUGUUCUCCAGCUUCACCGCCAAUCAGGCGAUCCUUGAUGCAGUGGACGGUGCAAUGAUCGUCCACGUCAUCGAUUUCGACAUCGGCCUCGGCGGCCAGUGGGCAUCGUUCCUGAAAGCGAUUGCGGAGAAGGCGGAAGCUCGAAAGGUUAAUUCACCGGUGGUAAGAAUCACCGCCGUGGUUCCUGAAGAAUACGAACUGGAAUCGAGAUUGAUCAGAGAUAAUCUACACCAAUUCUCUUCCGAUCUAAAAGUAAGGUUCGAUAUCGACUUCGUUUCCAUUCGAACAUUCGAAUACUUAUCGUUUAAAGCAAUUAAGUUCGUCACUGGAGAGAAGACAGCGGUUCUUCUGUCUCCCACGAUUUUCCGACGCAUCGGCGCCGGUUUCAUCAACGAUCUCCGGCAAGUUUCGCCGCACGUGGUGGUAUAUUUGGACGGCGAAUUGAAUGGAUCCGGAGCGUCGUUCUUCCGUCAAACAGUGAUCAACGGCCUAGAAUUGUACACGACGAUUCUAGAAUCAUUGGAGGCGGCAAACGUUGGUGGUGGUGUGACAGGAGGUGACUGGAUAAGGAAUAUCGAGAUGUUCGUGUUGCUGCCAAAAAUAAUCACGACGGUGGAGGAUGCAGGACGCCAUGUGACGCCGUGGAGGGAGGCGUUUGGUAGGGCCGGGAUGAGGCCGGUAGGGUUGAGUCAGUUUGCUGACUUUCAAGCGGAGUGUUUGUUACGUAGGGUACAAAUCAGGGGGUUCCACGUGGCAAAACAGCAAGGGGAGUUGGUGCUUUGCUGGCAUGAUAGACCGCUUGUUGCCACGUCAGCAUGGACUAUUUAGGCAAUUAGGAAGUCUUAUAUAGAUGAUGUUUCAUAAUAUAUAGGGAAUAAACUCUCUACAUGUAUUCAUGUAAUAGAAAAAUUAAAAGAGUGUUUGGGUAGGGAGAUGUAGUUGGAAUAAUACUUGCCAUUUGGUAUUUUGAAUUGUUGAAUUCUAGCUUUUGUGAAAUAGUAUUCAUUUUAUUUUUGUAAAAUUAUUACAAUAAUUUAAAGAUUCAAGUUUCAAGUG